AUGGCCGGAGAAGAAUUCAUCACCCUCCGCGAGGCCCAGCCUCAGCCUCAGCGGCCUGCUUACAACCCGGUAGUCAACCAGGCUACCCACCAGGCUACCUUUCCUCCGGCGCCUAGUUAUCAAGCCCGGGUUCAAGUUGGCCAACAACCAGCCCGGACCGUCAAUGCUGGCGGGCAACAAUAUCACCCCCAGUCGCCAAUCGGUCAGCAGUACUACCCAAGGGUAGUGCCCGAAUCAUCAUCGCAGUUGCCGCACCGGCAGAAUGCCACAACCCAGCCCGAUUCCCACAUCAAGAUCUCCGAUCUCCGCAAGACGCGGCCCUUAUCGGAUGAGGAAAAACGCGAGGCGCGCUCCCAAUACCGGGUAGUUCGCAUCGUACCAGACGAAAGGAGUCGCCACGUCAGUGAUGGCACAAAACGAAAUCUCUCUUGGGUUUGUGUGAAAUUCAUCCCAGACCCGAUCAUCACAAAGAAAGAAGCGGCACGCGCAGUCCGGAAGCUCGAUCAGGCUACCCCCUCGGUGUCGGAGAAGAUGAGGGACCUUACCGAAAACGAGAGACUUCAGGUCGAGCGUGCUUUUUAUGACCAGCAGCGAGAGUGGGAUGAUGAGGGGUUCCAAACGACGCUGGUCCAGCUGGAUGAGCAAGUCGAGGAGAAACCCAAGGAAAGCGAGAGAGAGGGGGGUACAGAGAAGGAGCGAAAAAAGGAUAGGCACCGCAAGGAGGACGCCGGCCGGUCUGGCGUCGCCAGGGGAUACUCCAAGUCUCAUUCCAAGUCGAAACAACCAAAGAAGGCUGCCGUUGAGCGAGUUAGCAUCACCGCUUACUUCAAGGGUGUGCCGAGACUUGAAGUCGACACAUUCUCUAUUCCACGAUCACCCAAAGACCAACACGAGGAUAUACAACAAGCAUAUCCACAACCGGCAACCCAACUAGUGACCGGAUACCAUCCCCCGCCACCCCAGCAGAACUUCCCUCCGCCUCAGCAGAACUUCCCACCGCCCCAGCACAAUAUCCCACCGCCCCAGCACAACAUCCCACCGCCCCAGAAGAACAUCCCACCCCAGCAGCACAUUCCACCACCCCAACCGAAGAACCAUCCGCCUCAGCCUGCGUCUCGAAAAACACCAAACUCCGCCGCUAGGCGAGCUUCUUCCCGCCAGCGCUCGCCGCCUCACCGUCGCCAAUCCCCAGCCGUCCGUAACCGCGCCCGUAGCCCGCUCAGCACAGAUGAGUCUGUCUCUUCAAGGGUCUUCUCCGACGCGGACGACGACACGGAUCACACGUCCCCCUCGACCCCUUCCAGGAUCGCGGUCGAGAGCGUGCUGGGCGGGCGCACGAUCAUGACCGUGACCGUGACCGUGACCGUGACCGUGACCGUGACGGUUACGACGAUAGGGAUAGAGACCGGUCUCGAUCUCGUUCUCUAUCUGUAUCUCGAUCCCGAUCCCGAUCUGGGUCUCGCUCUCGUAGCCCGGAUAGGACUCGGCAUACGCGAGAUCAGCGUCGAGAGAGGAGCCGGAGUUUGA